AUGAGUCGCUCGCAGAGUCUUGGUGUGCUGGCGCUGGAAGUAAGCCUAGUGUUGACUGCGUGGCUCGCUCUCGCACGUGGAGGACUGUCGCCUCGAGUGCACGACGUGAUCGGCGGCACUCUGCUAGUCUCGAGUGCGGGCGCCUGCUACCUGAGUAUUUGCCACGUGCUGAGAAGACUUCCAGGGACCAAACGCGUCAGUGAGCUGCUACUAGACCGCUCCAACCCGCGCUCGUGGCCUCAUGAGAAGCGCCGAUUGUUCCUUGAGGUUUGUACGUGGAUGGCGAGCGUUUUGUCUCUCGACUUCCUGGCGGCAUCUUUGCACCUCUUGGAGACGAGAUUGGACCCGCAGCAGAUGAGAGGCAUCGGAGGCAUGGUGUGGCUCAAGGUCGCGCUGUCGUAUGUCUGUGUGGGGUACAUUAUAUCCGACACCGGGAGCAAGCUGCACUCCUACGUGUUCGGACAGGACGUUGAUGAGGAAAUGCAGCAGUUCCAGUCGGUGGACCAACUCGUGUUCAACUACCUGCUCAUUACGCUCGUCGGCGCGUCGCUCAUCCUUGCCAGUGAACUGCUGCUACUCUGCGCACCCACUCGGCGAGCUGGCAUUGUACUCCAGGGACGAAUUGUGGGCGCUAGAAAGAACUGGGAACGGCAUCCGCUGCGAUCACUUGUUGAGGUGACAGGAACGUUUGGUGCAACGACGUUGUACUACAGCACGACGAAGGAUAUGCUGCUCUCGCUGCAGCUUGGCACGUGCUGUGGCGUUCUUCUUAUUCUCAGUGGUGAGCUCUUGGCCUCAGCCAGUCGGCCGAGGUUCGUGGGUCCGCCGAGCCCACAGGCUGCUGUGGAGAUGCCCGCUGACCACUGGGUGAAGCUCAUUCCUGUGGUCGUGAUGAUGCUCUAUUUCCUCUUCCAAGUGUAUGCAGCGAUUGUGCGUGCAGCCAAUGUUCCAUCAAGUUCUUUGACGCUGAUGCUGAGUUUUAUCGCGGUGGCUGCGACCACGCUUACGCUGCUCGCACUGUCCGGCAGGAAACCGUCUUUGAGGGAGCUGACACGCACUGCUAGACGACUGGCAGCCAGGUUUUGUGUUGGCCUCAUCACACUCAUCGCUCGCAAGGUCUCUUAUGGGCUACCAGGAGUUUUGUUUUCUUGUGGACUGUCGGCCUUCUGUAUCGCUUUUUCUCGUGAAUGCUGGGAUGAUAUUGAAGUAAAUGAUGGAGCUCAACUGCAAGAGAUCUCUGACACGCUGCAGUCGUGGUCGGAUCGUGCUCUGAGCUUCGUGAAAGAGCGAUAUCCCCAUCUGUACAAACGAGUCAAAUGGACGUUUGUGGGCAUCAUGGUGGUGUCGACACUGGAUAUGUGCUCGACGUUCUUCGCUGUGAUUAACCAGGACAGGCUCUCGCUGUCACUUUCGCAGUAUUCGGCAAUCAAUGUUGUGAUGUCAGCGUCGGUAGGAUACUUGACGAGUCCAGCUCCGUACGAGCUGCAUCCUGCGGCACUGCUCGACACUGGAGUGAAGCAGCUCAAGAACAAGUGGGUUGUCUUUCCGCUUCACAUGUUUGUCGAGACGCUGGUGUUUGUUGGCGUUUUCGUUGGGACGUUCGCAGCUUCCUCGACAGUUUUCAGCUCGCUCACACUUGCUGCACUUUCGGGAAUUGUCGUAUCGGUCGGGGGCCACUGGGUGUGCUCGCGUCUCGAGCUGACGGUUGGAACGCACAUGCGUAUGCAGCUAACAGCAACAUGUGCGCUGCUGUUCUGUCUGUUUCUGAUCACCUAUGCGUCUAUGGUCUCUCUGCUCUCCAUCUACCACUACUUUGACAGUAUCGAGGCGGCGUUCUGUCUCGCGUCGUUUGCUGGAAUUUUCUUUCUGGCAGCAAGCGAAUUGUUCCUGAUGUGGGAACCCACUCGUGAGGUGGGCUUGUUGUUGCAACGGCGAGUUACAAACGCCAAGGAGAAUUGGCAAUUGGAGCCCUUACGCUCGUUCUUGGAGCUUUUCACAUGGUUUGCAGUUAUCUGCGGGUCGUUCGCACUAUACGAUGAUCUCGUGUUGGCGCUUCAACUUGGCACCUUCUCUGGAAUUGCAGUCACGCUGUCAGGUGAAUAUUUUCGAAAAAACCGGUCGAAAUUGAUUCCAUGGGGACAGGGUCUACUCGCUGACGAAGAGUCCAAUCGUGCCCGACCGCUUCCCAUUAUGCUAUUGUUUGCGUACAUUGGGUCGGGCACCUUUCAGUGGAUCUUUGAGAACAUGCGCAGCCUCGAAGUCACCGUGCUUCUGGCCACUAUCGCUGGAAUCGCCUUCCUGUGUUUCGCUGACAUGCUGGUGUUGUUCAAGCCAACUCGAUGGGCAGGUGUGAUCUUGCAGGAUCGAUUUAUUAAUGUGAACCAAAACUGGAGAGAGUACCCAGUACGCUCUUUUGUCGAGUUCGGCUGCUUCAUGGGCGUUAUCUAUGGCAGCUACGCGAUCUACCACGACUUAGUCGUUGCAGUCCAGGUCGGUAUUUUGUCUGGAAUGCUCGUGACGCUGGGCGGAGAGCAACUUCGAAACUGUGCGCGAGCCAUGCCGCUGAACGAAGCAGAUAGACACGAGGCGGAGAAGACGCAGAUCCUGCCCCUCCCUGUGAUGAGUCUGCUGGGCCUGGUCGGUGCUGUGGCUUUCAAUAUUAUUUACACGCAUCUCCGCAGCAUCGAGGUGGCAUUCGUCCUGGCCACCACCAGUGGCGUCAUUUUUGCUCUUGUUGGAGACAUGUUCGUUAUCUGGAAACCUACGCGCAAGGUCGGCAUGAUUCUUCAGGAGCGUAUAUUGUACUUUAGGGCGAAUUUCGCCACUCACACGCGCCGUUCGUGGAUGGAAGUGGCUUCGCUCUGCAGCGGCUGGUACCUAUCCUACGAUUUCUUGUGGCCUGGAGAUCUCCUUAUCGCCAUUCAGUUUGGCACCACGACUGGAAUUACGGCGUGCGUUUGUGGAGAGCUUACAGUGGAGUACGUUGCUGAAGCGGAACGUCGCUUGGUAGCAGGUGUAUCAGCCAGACUGGCACAAGACCCUCAAAGAGACAGCACGUUUCUCAACCUCCCUUACGAAGUUCAGUUUGAAGUAGCGCAUUUCCUGACUGCUGAAGACCUUUUAGUGGCGCGAGCCACAUGCCACAAGAUCAACAACAUGCUGAAAGCCGAGUCAGCUCGCUUUUGGUUGCACGCAAGCCUGAGGCGGACAAUUCGAGACCAUCGCGAACGCUCUCGAGCUCAUAACAUCAGCCAUCGGAUGGGAAACCGUGCCCGAUCGCUCGUGUGUGAAGCCAUUACGCUUGUGCUGCCCAAAAUCGUUGGAGCCAGAGACCCAGCUCAAGUGCUGACGUCUAGUAACGAAGUCAACCGCGCACUCAAGUGGGUAUACCUCAAUGCCGUCUGGAUUCGGAAGCAGAGCCUCCCACAAUUGAUCAAUGAAGGCGAAGUGAACGACAGCGCGCUCGUCUCGCUUACCGCUGGAGAUGUUGCCUUCGACGUCUUUCGCCACAUGCCUGACAAGAGCUCUUUGGGAAUUACCAUCACGCGCAAUGAGGAUUUUGCGAUCGAGCGCGUCGAAGUGCCUAGAGGCGUUUACGACAUGAUCCAGCGGGACCCUUUCAGCUUUGUGGCUGCCGAGACUCUCUCUACGUUAGAAGUGUUUUCGAAUUGGCACCUGACGGUAGUGGCGUUCGUCACGAUGACGCUGAUUUUCAUCGGGCAGUUUUCGAGCGACCUUCUUCGCGCAUACGUCCUGCCAGCAUCGUUCACGUGGUGGGGAGUGAGAUAA